UUGUGUGAGGGAGGAGAUAGUGACAGUCCCUGGGAACUGGUAUCGUGGCACGCAGGCGCUGCUCCUGUCUUGCUCCUCCGUCAGCCACCAACCCGCGCUUCCCUCACCCACCAUACCCGCCACACUAGUAGUGUACUAAGCUUCUCUACCCGCCCAGUGAACUAUCGCACCGUCUUUGUGAGAAAGCGCGUUACAGUGAACUCAGAGGAGGAAUUGGGUGUUGUGUCCGGGGGUGUGGAGUGUCGUAGUGUUGUGUUGCGAGGAACGUGAUGAUAGUGUAGUCUCCCGGGGGCACGGACAUGGUACUGGACUGGACGGAACCUUCCCACCACCUCAACACCAUGGCCUCACAUCUACAGUACUCGGAGGACCAGUGGGUGAGUGGUGAGUGGGAGUUGGAGCCGUCGACGCCGACACCCUCACAGGCCCCGCCGCCCCUCACCGUGCCGCCCCUCACCGCCACGGGCACCGCCGAUGUCAACGCCGCCGUGGUCAAGCUUGGCUAUACUACCCUGAGCGGCGGUUACGGCUACGCUGGCUUGGAGACCCGGGACGACUGGCCGGGUGUCAGCGACGCCCUGGUGACCUACACUACUGCCGCCCCCUCCCCCCUCCCUCCACCCCAGCACUUCUACACCCAGAAUGAUGGCGUGAUGACGGAACUAGGGGGUGUAAAUGGUCAUGCUGGCACGCCUGUGGGCGGUUACCCCCCGUCCUCAGUUGCUCAGGCCACGCCCACAGGCUCCCUGCCGCCCACGUCACACCACCCUCACACCGCCCACCGCCCCGUGGACCUGUCACAGGCGCAGCGGGACACCCAGCCUUACACCCUGCACGACCCCCUCUCGCAGAGAGCCACGCUCCUCGACACUGGUGAGUAACCCCGCCCUCUGUCACUCCUCAG